AUGAUAGUAGCAGAAAGACCAGUCAACCGAGAGGCUUUCAAAACAACUAUGUCCAAAGUAUGGAAAUGCAAGAGCUGGAUUCAGUUUUCAGAAGUAGGAACCAAUAAGUUCCUGAUAGAGUUUAACCAUAAGCAAGACCUGCAGCAGGUUAUCAGUGGCAGACCAUGGUCUUUCGACAGAUGGCUAGUAUGUCUACAGCCUUUUGAAGGCCACAGGUCGAUUAAUGAAGUCCUAUUCCAUACAGAGGUGUUUUGGGUACAAGUUUUUAACAUGCCAUUUGCUAGCAUGACACAGGAGGUAGGGACUCAGAUUGCUGAACACCUUGGGAGAGUCUUAACUGUUCAAACAGAUGAGAGGGGAAUAGGUUGGGGGAAAUGCAUGAGGAUGAGGGUGGAAGUUGACAUCUCCAAGGCACUCCAAAGGGGGAUCUUCCUAACCUUUGAAGGGAAAAAAACUUGGGUUUUUUUCAAGUAUGAACGACUUCCCAACUUUUGUUUCAAGUGUGGUGUUAUCAAACAUGACCAGAAGGGGUGCAAUGAGGCAUCCACAAGCAAGGAUAAGCUGCAGUAUGGUUCAUGGAUGCGUGCACCAGCUGUUAAUGAGCAUGAGGUAACAAGGAAGAGGUAUGGCAAUGAAACCUGCCACCAACCUGAGGAAGAGCAACCACGGAUGGAGGAGGGGAAGGUCAGGGAUGAAGGGCAAAACUGUCAAGAGAAACCAACCAAGGAAAACCAACACUCCAAGUUACCUGAUGUUGACAAAGCAGAAACAAAAACAGAAAAUGCAGACAUGCUUUCCAAAUUUCAGACUGUAGAGUCCUUUCAAUUUCCUAUUUAG